AUGGCAAUUGUUGCAUUCUCAAUAGCACUGUCAUCCAUUUUCAUUUUCACAGCCCAGAAAGAAGAAAAUAAUAGGGUUUUUUACAUUUGCCUGAGCACCGACGGAGACCCUUCAGAUCCAAUCGUCUUGUGUGAUGGUUGCGAUCUUAUGGUUCACGCUACCUGCCACGGAAAACCCUUCAUUCAGGGUAUCCCAGAAGGGGAGUGGUUCUGUGCCAGGUGCAAAAUUUCUUCGCCUUCUCAAAAGCUUGUAGCUGAUGAGAAAAAUGCCAAUUACUGUUGCUGUCUUUGUCCCAUUAAAAGAGGAGCCAUGAAACCCCGGGCGACGGAGGUUUUCACACGCAACAGGCGGUGGAUUCAUAUCAUGUGUGCGCUUCUAGUGCCUGAGGUAUUCUUUAAGGACCCAGAAGGAAGGGAUGGCAUUGAUUGUUCACUAGUUCCUCGUAGGAGAUGGAAAGGGUUAUGCGAUCUUUGUCACUCUGCAAGUGGAUGUGUUAUUGAAUGCUCUGAGCCCAAAUGCCCAUUGGCCUUCCACGUUAGUUGCGGGUUAAAAGAGGAUCUAUUUAUUGAGUACAGAGAAGGGAAGAGCUCAGGUGCAAUUGUCGCUGGGUUCUGCAAAAACCACACUGUGCUGUGGAAGAAGCAACAAAAGAGUGAAAAGUUCAUGAUUGUAGCUAGGGAGCAGCAAAGGAAAUAAGAUCGAAGAGAGA